GUGACGGUGGGGAGCGGCGGGGGACGGCGCGCUGAGCCGCGGGGGAACCCGCCCAGCCUAACCGGGCCGAGGGUGAGCGUAGUCGAAUCGCCGGGCCGAGUGCGGGGGAACCCAGGCCGAGCCGCGGCUGGGAGAGCGCUCAGGAUUCCAACAGGAAAAUUUUUCUGACCUGGGUAGCUCUUGAGGAUGGCAAGCAAAGGACCCACAACAUCUACAUCAGCGAAGAGCUCCAGUACGGGAGGGACCAGUGGCAGCAGUAGCAGUAAUGGUGCUGGGGAAAAUGCUAAUCAGGACAACACUUUUGAAUGUAACAUCUGUUUAGACACUGCCAAGGACGCAGUUAUCAGCUUGUGUGGACAUCUCUUCUGCUGGCCUUGUUUACACCAGUGGCUAGAGACCAGGCCAAACAGACAAGUGUGUCCUGUAUGCAAAGCAGGAAUCAGUCGAGAUAAAGUCAUCCCUCUGUAUGGAAGAGGUAGCACUGGGCAACAGGAUCCCAGGGAGAAAACUCCACCACGACCCCAAGGACAGAGACCUGAACCAGAGAACAGAGGGGGAUUCCAGGGCUUUGGGUUUGGUGAUGGUGGCUUCCAAAUGUCAUUUGGAAUUGGAGCGUUUCCCUUUGGUAUAUUUGCAACAGCAUUCAACAUAAACGAUGGGCGACCUCCUCCAGCUGUUCCAGGGACUCCUCAGUAUGUGGAUGAGCAGUUCCUAUCCCGUCUCUUCCUGUUUGUGGCUCUGGUGAUAAUGUUCUGGCUGUUGAUUGCAUAAGUCUUUUUCCGUUAUUCUGUAUAUUCCUGGCCAACAAGGUCACUGAAACAGUUACGAACUGCAUCCCCAUCCCAUUUAAACCUCUUGGUGUCUGGUUCCGUAGCUAACUGUGGGCUUCAGGAAUUGGUGGUACCACAGCACAAUGAGGAAUCUCGCAUUUUUGCACCAGAGUUGGAAAUUAAACGUGGGUUAAAAAGCGUAUUUCAGCUCACCUAUCUUGUGCAACGAGUUCGUGCCACAAACCACGGGCCUAGCUUUGAGCUCCGCUCCUGAAAGGAGUGCUGCUUUGAAAUCACGUGCCAAUCAGUGACAGCAGGUUGAUGUGAAAGACGCCCCGAAGUAGAGUGGGCAGGUAAGGAAACUUCUGCAGUGUGCUCAGUCUCUGGUGCUUGGCUACCAUGAUGGAUCUGCCAGAGCCGCGGAUGUUAAAGUCUUCACAUCCACGUCCAACCUUCUUCAGGAAAUCAUCUGCAGCACUGCUGAGGUUCUUUAAGCACAGCACGUGAUGCAAAUGGAACCAGGUUUGAAGAGUGGUUUCUUUUCUUGCCAUUAUUCCCUGACGUGGUAGAAACUCCCUCCUGAAACAGUACUAAUGGCUGUUAGAAGAAGGGAUACAAAUUUAUGCUGCAAUUUUUUAAAGCCUGAAUUUGCUGUAGCCAGGCAUGAAGAUUCUCUUGUUGUGGAGCCUGCUCCAGUUGCUGAACGGUAGGACACUGGUCUGCCCCACCCAGCCCAGUUCCUCACUGACAAAACAGUGUUGUCUUCCUUGGUUCUGUGCAGCAGCCUAUGGCUGCACUUGUCCAUAAUCCCCUCACAACCUUGUCACUAUAGCUACAUCUAUUCUUCACACGGCUUUGAGACUUUCUACAUAAAGUCAUGUACUCCAAAUAAAAUCCUGUUGUGGAUCUGACAUCAGCUUGUUUGGGGAGAGAGGAACGAAAGGCAUCUUUACAUGAGUUUUGAGGUUAAACUUUUUAUACUGUAAAACUAUACAGCAGGAAAAAUGAGAUCCUGCCUUUGCUAGCGCACAGCACGCAGGGAGCAUUUGGAGGAGCUUCUCUCUGCAGGUGUGUGCGGCUGCUUCUGCCACCGCAGAAUGGCUGUAGGGCAACAGGCUCUGCAGUAUCUACCAAAGAUAGUUUGAAGUGCUGGAAUAGACCACAACCAUUCAUGUGCUGAGGGGAAAAUGUUUCAGAAGGUGAGCACUCAGUAGCCAUUUUGGGAUCCUGCUGGGUGUACAGCUUUAAAGACUACUGCUGAUGUAUUGGUGUAGGUUCCUUCAGAACAACAGAUAUGAGAGAUUCCCUAGUGAGAUGGAGAGUUUUCACAUUUCUCUCACCAGGCAAUUCCAUUUUUUCCUCUUAAUGUUUUUAGAUUACUUUGAUUCAGAUCGUUGGUAGUCGUAAGGUUUUCCUGCAAGAUGACCAUCGUGACUUCCCUGGCGAUGGGUAGACAACUGACAAAACAAAUCAACUCAUAGAAAACUUUCUUUCAAUAGCUAUUUUUUUUUUUCUAGGGUAUGGAUGAGGUUCCUGGGCAGGACACUUUAAUUAAUUGUUGUAGAAGCUUAUUUAUGUAAUUAUAAGCUGUUCACUUUUAGAAUCAAGACAGAGGUGACUGAAGUUUAACUUGGACCUAACUCCAAAGUUCCAUCUGGCGGGUAGAAUGUUGCAAAGCUGCAGCCUUUGGCCACCUCUGGGCAGAUUUAUACCUGACCCGAUGACAUUCUGGCGGAGUAGAUUACUCAGUUGUCGGUAGCUGGAACAGCGCACACCGCCAGCUUCUGUUCCGUGGCAUUUCUGAGGAGUUUCUCUCCUGCACCCGGCUCCGCCGAACGGAGCCCGGGACCUUGGCCAGGAGGAAGGUUUGUCGCGUUCCCGGGAGAUGGCUUGGAGCGCUGCGGAGGAGGGAAGAGUUCGUUGGAGAAGAAUGACGGGUUUCCUUCUCUCCGGAUCGAGAAGCUCGAUGUGGAGCGCAGGGG